UUCAUCGUCCAGUUUGAAGCUGCUCUUGACGGCGUAGUUUGCUAAUUGCUAGGGUUCUCUCGAGAGGACAGAAGCUUCGACAAUGGGUCACUCAAAUGUGUGGAACUCGCAUCCUAAGACCUAUGGCCCUGGCUCUCGUGCCUGCCGUGUAUGUGGAAAUUCUCAUGGGUUGAUUAGGAAGUAUGGGCUAAUGUGUUGCCGCCAGUGCUUCCGCUCGAAUGCCAAGGAAAUCGGCUUCAUCAAGUACCGCUGAAGGAUUCAGGAUAUUGAGUACAGUUUGGUGGAGUCUUCUACAAUGAUCUCGAUAAAUUUUCAUGGUCCAAGACCAUUUGUUCUUAGGUUGUAAGGAUUUUAAUUUUUGGUGCGAUACUGGAGCAGACCUAAACUUAUAUUGUAGUACUUUCGCAGUAUGCAUUCUAGUUUAUAUUGCUUAAUGCUGUAGCCUGCUAAUCUUAAAGGCAAGAUAUGUGGAGUGUGAUUGUUUAUGGUUGAUGGAUAGAGUUUUGAGCAUUAUAAUC